AUGGGCCUUCUCAGAACUGCUGUCCGAGAUGCUGGCUUCGUCGGUGCCAAACAGGAGCGGGUCGUUAACAUGCUGAUGCAAAAGACCCCAAGUCAUUACAAGGCUCCAUUCAUUUUCAAGCACGAGUAUGGAAUUCGCUCAGCAUUUGUCGUACAGGCGUUAGCUUGCAUUCUACUUUCCGUGUCGCCGAAUCUUGUAUUCUUGGGCAUGACGCAGCCUUUUUACCACCACGUUGAUCUCGAUGAGGCCACCAAGAAUCGACAAUAUUAUCCGCUCGUCGAGCUUCUGAGCGAAACUAACCGCAGCCCGAAGGGCAAGCACUACCUUCAAAAACUACGCGAUGUGUAUUUGAUCAAUAAUGGCAACAUGGGAAUAUUUGACAGUCGUGACUUCGUUCAAGGAGAUAUGAUUACCUGUCUUGGUCCUUUCAAUCGACUCCCAUCCAUCGAGUCUGUCGGAAUCGACCUGCUUGAAGAAGAUGCCAAUAAUGGACUGCCGGGAUACGAGCACAAAACCUCCAAACAUUUGUAG